CACGCUCACCAUAAACUAUACUCACAAACACACACAGUGGGUUGGUGUGUAUACAAGUUUGGGAUCUGUUGAAAUAUAUUUCAUUAAACAGAUUUACUUUCAGCGAUUCACAACACAAAAAGAUCUCUGUCUCACAUUCUCGGUUGUGUGUUUCACUGUGAUUCUCCAUUUUCACUGUUUUCUACAUUUGUUGUUCACUUUCGGUUGAAUAAUUUUUGUUUUUUUCGCAAUCCGAUAUCUUCUGUUUUUGAAAACAUUUUCGUCUUUUUUCUGUAAUAAAUUAAUUGAAGAAGAAAAGAAAAAAGAAUCAAAAAACUUGAUUAUGUAUAAGCUAUUUUCAUUGUUCAUUGGGAACAGUAUUUAAACUUGGCGGUUAAUCCAUUGAAACAUUGAACCAAUUUGAAAUUGAACAAGAUUUACUGUUAUGCAUCAAUUAUCAAUGAGUUAAUUUAUUCAUUCGUUAAAAAAUGUCUGUCAAUAAAUCUAAUAAAUCGGCGUGUUUACCUGCAAACAUCUACUGUGAGCACACAUACGAUCGAUAUAAGGAGGAUGGACUCCGACUACUUGAAAAAUAUAUGCCAUACUUAAAUCCAGAGACUGGUUUACGUAAUCGAAUGAUUACUCGUGAUCCUGUAACUGGUUUAGGCGAUUUAGAAGCUGAAUGGAAUCCUUUAAACGGAUGUCAUAUCAAUAGAAAAACAUUUCCACAUCGGGAUCCAAUCACAAUGCAAGGUGAUAUGGGUACUGAAUAUAACUGUUUAUAUACAACUAAAGAAUUGUCAUGCAAAUCGCGUGUUAAUUCAACAGGUACAAAUCAGGAUAACAAUAACUAUUAUGAAGAACAGUUGAAUAGCGCAAAUAACGAAAGUAACAAUAGCGAUAAUAACAAUAAUAAUAAUAAUAAUAAAAAUAACAAUAACAGAAGUAAUAAUAUUUCUGAUCAAGAUCGUGAUCCAGUAACCCUUCAAGGGGAUUUAGGAGAUGAAGUGGAUUUCUUUCGACCACACGGUGGUAAACCAAGAAAUAGGAUUGAAAAUAAUAUUAAUACUAUAAGACGUGAUCCUAUCACUGGUACUGGAGAAAAUGGUCGAGAAACAGAAUCUGUGCGUCAAUACAAUGGUAGAUUAUGUAAUGGGGAAAAUUCAAAAAGAUAUUCUUAUCUUGCAACGGAUCCAAUAACACAUUCACUGCCAGAGACAAAACUUGUUCGAUCACAGUCUGUAAGACAUUACAAAGAAACCUGGGCUACCCGUGAUCCAAUUGGUUAUAUGCAUAGAGCUAGUAUAUCAUACAAAACGGAUAGAGCUCGUGGAAUGAGACACUUUCAAAAUAAUAAUAACUACAACAAUUCUACUGCUAAUAACAAUAAAAUGAAUAUUGAUCCAAUUACACAUCAAACAAAAGUGAAACAAUCAAACAAUCAAUUAGCUUCGUCAUCAUCAGCUGAACCAAAUGAUGAAACAAUAUCUACAACAACUAUUGAUGAUUGCAGUGAAAUGUCCGUAGAUGGUAAUCAUAAUAGUAGUAAUAGUACUACAUCGACAAUUCGAGAGGAUAGACGUCUAAGAAGAGCUAUUCGUAAUCCUAUCACUGGUGAAGGCAUGUAUGACAGUGAUUAUAUUGACCUGUUGAAAUUACCAAGUGAAUAUUAUUUCCGAAGAAAUCGUGACACUAGUUCAUCUAUACUAGCUGCUGCUGUAACACCAGCAACUACAAAAAAGGCUGUAGCGCCUAGUCAAAAAGAAACACCUGCACCAAUUAAACCGAUUGCUCAUAAACCAGCACCACAGACACCAUCACAACAACAGGCUCCAGCAACACCAUCACAACAUAAACCACCAGAACCGAAAUUGCCAGCGAGCAGUACCACUACACAAGCUCCAGAGAAAAAAGUUGUCCGUCCGAAGAAGGUUGAACCACCACCACCUGUGGAAAAAAAGCCGACAACUCCACCUGAAAAACAACCAGUCGCAGAGAAAAAAUUAUCAGACAGUAAGCCAACUUCAUCACCAUCAAAAACAACUACUGAUAAUAAUAAUAAUAAUAAUAAUGUAACUGAACAACCAUCUAAGAACGACGUCUCACCAAAAGAACCAGAAGAAACAAGUAGUUCUAUUCCACCACAACCAAAAACUGAGAAAAGGCAACUAGCUGAAGAUCAAACAGCUAAAUCACUCAGUGAAGAAUUAGAGUUAGCCAUGGCCGGACAAGUUUCUCCACAAUCUACACCAACAACGCUAGAUGACAAUAAAACACCGACAGAAGUAGUGAAAGAAGCAACUCCACCGCCUACCAGUAACACACCUUCGCCACCAGCUACCAGUAAGACGCCUUCAACCCCGCCUACUAAUGAAGUACCAUCGCCACCACCUGCCAGUAGGACGCCUUCAAUAUCCUCUACGAGUGACACACCCUUACAACCGGCUGCCAGUAAGACGUCUUUAACACCCCCUACAAGUGAAAUGCCUUCGCCAACCCCUACCAGCAACACACCUUUGCCAGUAUCUGCCAGCGAGACACCCUCACCACCACCUUCGGAAGUAAAACCUACCGUAGAAGCUAAAACACCCCAACCAGCGGAAGUCGACGCUCCAAAGACAGACACUUCAUCGCCACCACCUGAGUCCCCAAAAGAAGCACCAAAAACAGAAUAGACAUGCGUAAUACCCUAUAACAAAUGUUCUUCUCUGGUUUAGUAAUACAAGUGCCUGCUGAUCAGAUCAUUCUCAUACUUUUUAUCGGAAGAGAACUUCUCUUUAAUUUUUUUGAAUGGUGCAUUUCGUUAUCAGUUAUAUUGUUCCUUGUUUAAAACGUACCUAUCUAAACACCCCGGGUGAUGGACCCCCUCUCUCCCCUUUUCUUUCGAUUUACUACUGAUUCAGAUAUUUUUAAACUUUCGGCAUGAGAAUGGAUCACAUAACUUUCGUAAAAAUAUUUCCGAUAUUUCGUUAUAAUAACUCAGUUAUAUAAAAAACACACAACCAAUAUUCUAAAAUUUUCCAAGGGGAUAUCCACUGUGCAUGGCACACUUAAGAGAUUCAUUCCAUUUCUAAGGAAUUC